CUCACUCUCAUGAAGCAUCAUUAACGUUCAAAAAUAACAAGAACAAUGUGUCCACUUGAUUUUGUUUUCUGGAUAAUUUAUAGUGCAGAUUUCAUUUCUGCUGAGUCCAGCCUGAAGCCCUCCCAUCUGGUCACCGCACAAGUAGGUGGCUCUGCACUUCUGCAGUGUUCUGUAUUCCUGUCUCCUCCAAGUGAGGGGUUUUGGCUGAAGCAAUUGCAUGGAAAAGCCCCCCAGUACAUACUUAAGGCUCCUCCCAAUUCAGAGAGGGCUACGUUUUAUAAUGACUUUAAAGAUGGCCGCUAUCUAAUAGAGAAGACCAGAGAUGUCUUUAACCUGGAAAUUAAACGUCUCAAACCGAUGGACAUGGGCACAUAUUACUGUGGAAAAAUCCGACAUAAUAACAUCGAGUUUGGUCAAGGAAUUGAACUGUGUGUUAAUGGUAGUAUAUCGAAGGAGUCUCUACCGAUUUUUAAAGUUACAGAAGAAGAGCACAUAGUCACCCUGAGCUGCAUCAUAAACCAGGACAUUUAUGGAGAAGAGUUCAGAGUACUUUGGUUUCAUGAAUCAUUAGGGGAGUCAUCGCAAAAAAUCACAACCAUCUCUGGAAAUGGGACCAUGAAACGUGACUGUGGAUCUACAGAAUGCAUUGUCAAAAGCAGCCUCAACUACUUGGCUGCAGGAAAGUAUUACUGUGGCGUAGUAAUGUGUGGAAGAGUUUUUAUCAGCAAUGAAACUAACUGGAAUUUCACAGCAGGCAAUGACUUUUCUUCUGGGUUUGAUCCAAUUGUGCUUACUUUGGCCUUGAGUAACUUAGCCCUGCUCAUUCUGCUUCUUGUUUUUGCGUUUAAGUCGAUAAGAGGAUGCCAUCGAUAUGCAGGCAAUGCUGAUGAAACAAUUUCUGGAGGAAACCAGCACCACUCAAAUGUCAAAGCAGAUCAACCUGAGGUCCCUGAAAUAAACUAUGCCUCUUUGAGCCUCAGUCCAAGGAAUGGAAAACCGAAACCAAACAAAGGAGACACAACCUACGCAACUAUUAGGUAUCAGCAAUGCCAAUGACGCCUUUGCUGAGUUUGGACAAACACAGCACAAAUGCAGAAUAUUAAGUGACUCUGGGGAGUUUAAAUCAACUUACAGUACAGUUGCUGUUGCAUUGUGGAACUUUUAUAAUUAUUGUCUUUUUUAUCUAUGUGUGUGUAAGUAUAUGAACAAAAUAUGAAUUUGCCUAUAUUGAAUUCUGUGCAUUAAAAUCUCUCUGUAUUUUAAUUGUUAAAAAUGACUUAAAAUAUUUGUAUCUGUAAUAUAAACCCAUCCAUAUUAUGUAAAAAAGAACAAAAUGUCCUGCACAGACUCAGACUGGGUCAAAGUGUUGUGCAUGAGGCAGCAUUACUAAACAAUACUUACUUCAUGGAAG